UUGGUAAACACAGACAACAGGGGGCAGUAGAGGGAGCUCGCUGAGUUGUUGCAGGAAGUUGCGCAUGACUACAAGCUCGGCACCAUGGCGCCUCUAGAUCUGGAUAAAUAUGCAGAGAUUGCCAAACAGUGUAAAUAUCUCCCAGAAAAUGACCUGAAGAGGUUAUGUGAUUACGUGUGUGACCUUCUGCUGGAGGAGUCCAACGUGCAGCCCGUCUCCACUCCUGUAACAGUAUGUGGUGACAUACAUGGACAGUUUUAUGAUCUUUGUGAACUCUUCCGAACGGGCGGCCAGGUUCCUGACACAAACUACAUAUUUAUGGGCGACUUUGUUGACCGAGGUUAUUACAGUUUGGAGACGUUCACCUACCUGCUUGUGCUGAAAGCCAAAUGGCCCGACCGCAUCACGCUUCUACGUGGAAACCAUGAGAGCAGACAGAUCACCCAGGUGUAUGGCUUUUAUGAUGAGUGCCAGACCAAGUAUGGGAAUGCAAAUGCCUGGCGUUACUGCACCAAAGUGUUUGAUAUGUUAACAGUUGCAGCUCUGAUGGACGAGCAGAUCCUAUGUGUCCACGGAGGCCUCUCCCCAGACAUAAAAACUCUGGAUCAAAUUCGAACCAUUGAGCGGAACCAGGAGAUCCCUCACAAAGGAGCCUUUUGUGACCUGGUGUGGUCAGACCCUGAAGACGUGGACACCUGGGCCAUCAGCCCCAGAGGAGCCGGCUGGCUCUUUGGUGCAAAGGUCACAAAUGAGUUUGUUCACAUCAACAACCUGAAGCUGAUCUGCAGGGCACACCAACUUGUCCACGAAGGCUACAAGUUCAUGUUCGAUGAGAAGCUGGUCACAGUGUGGUCGGCUCCCAACUACUGCUAUCGCUGCGGCAACAUCGCCUCCAUUAUGGUCUUUAAAGAUGCUAACACAAGAGAACCGAAGCUCUUCAGAGCAGUGCCUGACUCUGAGAGGGUUAUCCCACCCCGAACAACUACACCCUAUUUCCUGUAAGCCCAUUCAAACCAAGCAGCCAUUUGUUCAGUGCACAGACGGUGGCAUCAGCACUUAUAAACCCAUAUGAAUUUUGUAUUGUACAUUUAGAGUAUUUACAGUGCACUUUGCUGUGCCAACUGCCCGUUGUUAUCCCCAGUACAGUUAAGUGAGGUGGCGCAGCAGUGGCGCUGUGUUGUUUUAGAGGAAGGAUGGAAUUGACCCUUGUAAAACGUUCAUAUUUAUACAUUUAGAUUGUACUUAUCUAUAGAAAUUCCCUCUGCUGAGAAAUUGCAGGUGCAGUGUUAUAUACAAUGUCUCAAUUUAUUUUGUUAUGCUUAUGUAUUAAAACUGGAUGUCAGAUAAUAAAGCACUGCACAAAUUGGAGUUAUACACUUAGUGUUAUUAUGUGAUAUUAUAAAUAAACAUGGGAGUAAAUGUGUAAACAAAUGGCUAUAUCCAUUUGUUAGAAUUCUGUAAGGCCUGUGAUACCUUUGAAGAUUCUCUCUGAUUUCAAGAUUUGGAAUCAGUGCUUGUGAUUAUUUGUUUUCUGUGUAACCAUUCUGUUUUUAAAUAAAGAAAUCCAUUAAUUGUAAAUGUGAGUUGAACACA